AUGCAUUUUCCCCUGCUACUGGCCGUCGCGGUCUUGAACCUUGUCCAGGGCCAGUCCUUUGAUCCCAACAAGGCUGGUCCUCAGAGCUGGGACCCGGCCUCAGUGGGCACUAAUACUACUACAAACACAACAUACAGUAAUCCCAUAUUUACCGCGAAUGUGGGGGACCCGUACAUGACGAGGUACUCGGCCGACGGUGAUGAAUGGUACUUGUUCACAUAUAGCACAAAUGACAACAUCACCCUCCGGCGCUCCAGAGCCCUGACAGACAAUUGGGACAACCAGGAGACCCGGCUUGUCUUCAGCCCGGACCCCCGGGGCCAGGACGCCGGUCAACCGUGGUCCACAGAUCUUUGGGCUCCUGAGAUCCACAACAUCUCCGGAAAGUGGUACAUCAUCUUCUCAGCCACCCCGGACUUCGACAACCCCCCGCCGCUGCAAGAUGCCGCUUGCCCCAUCAACUGUCCCGCCAUCAACCACCGCAUGUUCGUCCUCGAGGGCGAUGGCCCGGAUCCAUGGUCGGCUGAUUUCACGCUCAAGAGCGAGCUCAAUACGUACGACCAGUUUGCUAUUGACGGGACUUAUUUCAUCCACAACCAGCAGAUCUACCACAUCUAUUCCUGCUGGCAGGAGCAGACCUCGGCAUGGCCGGCCAAUCUUUGCAUCACACACAUGAGUGACCCAUGGACCGUCGACACAAAUCUGACCGACAGGCGCAUGAUAUCCGUUCCGAAUGAGCCCUGGGAACGUGUCCCCUACGGUAGACCAGACACCCGGCUUGCCACAAACGAAGGGCCACAGCAGCUUAUCAAUCCCACCACGGGGCAGAACUUCGUCGUUUACUCCGCAGCCCGAGUGAAUACACCUUUCUACUGCCUAGGUUUGCUCGAGCUUGUAGGCAAUGAUCCUAUGCAAUAUCAGUCCUGGAGAAAGCACCGAGACGGCUGUGUCUUCUUCCAGAACACACAAGCUUCUGUGUUUGGGACGGGCCACGCGAGCUUCACGACGAGUCCUGAUGGUUCGCAGAAUUAUAUCGUGUACCAUGCGAUGACUACACCUGAGCCACCAGCUGACAUCUACCGCACCGUCAGGACGCAAAAGUUUUCCUGGAACGACGACGGAACACCAAACUUCCCAUUGGCAGAAAAUGGGCCGUUUCCUGUCCCGUCCGGGCAAAAUGGCCAGGCGGCAGUGAACGAGCGAUCCUUGACCGGGCGCCUCGGGGGACUUUGA